UCAGUACCAGCUGUUCUGAUUCUAAGACCUGCGUUUUUCGCGAGUACGAGUCCGCCGAUAGACUUGCCUUUCUUGUUCUUUAAUUCAGCGAUUAGUCUUAAUUCCGCAAUAGGAUACGGAAAGCGUUCGCUUCUUACCAACGUGGUCGUAUUCGGCGAUAGGGUAAGGAGCCAUGGGUAAGAACGAGUUUCUUACGCCGAAGGCCAUCGCGAACCGAAUCAAAGCCAAGGGAUUGCAAAAGCUGCGAUGGUACUGUCAGAUGUGCCAGAAGCAGUGCCGCGACGAGAACGGCUUUAAGUGCCACUGCAUGUCGGAGGGCCAUCAGCGCCAGAUGCAGGUCUUCGGCAUGAAUCCGGAGCGCUUCGUCGGCGGAUAUUCCGAGGAAUUCGAAAAGACUUUUAUGGAGCACAUUCGACGGAGCCACAGGUUCAGCCGCGUGGCUGCGACGGUGGCUUAUAACGAGUACAUCGCGGACCGGCACCACGUGCACAUGAACUCCACCAAGUGGCUGACGUUAACGGAAUUCGUCAAGCACCUCGGCCGAGAGGGCCUGUGCAAAGUGGAGGACACCCCCAAGGGCUGGUUCAUUAGCUACAUAGACCGCGAGCCGGAAACGCUGUUUAAAGAAGGCCAGAAGAAGAAGCGAGAGCGCGCCGAGCUGGUGGGGGAGGAGCGGCACGAGAAGGAGAUCCAGGAGCAGAUUGAACGGGCGAGAUCCAAGCAGCCGGAGCCGGACGAAUCGGAAGAGAAGACGGUUGAUCCAGAAAAAAUGGCUUUGCAGCGUGAUCCGAACGCAGGAGAGAAAAUCGCGUUUGCGUUUGGCGGGUUAGGAGGAGGCGGAGCGAGCGGGUCUGGAGCGCAGAAGGCUGGUGGAGCACCAAAAGCGGGAGGCAGCAAUAAAGUGGAGAUUAAAGCCGGAGCAGCAGCGCCUAUGUUUGGUGAGGAGGAAGAUGAUGGCGAUGGUGAUGGGGCUGGUGGUAGGGCUCCUGGAGGGAAAAAGGCGAAACGAGGUGGUGAUACUGGGGAAGAAGCCGGUUCUAGACUUGGUGCUGGCAGUGCUGGUGGUGCUGGUGGUGCUGGUGCUGGGGGAACCCUAGCAACACUAAUGCAGGAGCAGGAGAAAGCCAAGGAGAGGGCGAACCGGAAGGAUUACUGGCUGACGGAGGGCAUUGUAGUGAAGAUCAUGAGUAAAGCGCUCAAGGAGAAAGGGUACUACAAGCAAAAGGGCGUGGUGGUGAGGGUGAUUGAUAGAUAUGUGGGGGAGAUAAAGACGUUGGACGAGGGUCAUGUGGUGCGAGUGGAUCAGCAGGAGUUGGAAUCGGUGCUGCCGCAGAUUGGAGGAGUGGUGAGGAUUGUGAAUGGCGCGUACAGGGGGUGCCUGGCGAAGCUGGUGGGGGUUGAUACUGAGAGAUUUUGCGCUAAGGUGGAGAUUCAGAGGGGGGCGUAUGAUGGGAGAGUGAUUCCUAGGAUUGAUUAUGAGGAUAUUUGCAAGGUGCAUGUGAAGUAAAAUGCGGCAACAUGCGCAGUGGAGUUCCAAGGGCAUUGAAUUGGAGAGUAAUUGGUUUGGUGCUACAAAACU